UGUCUGCCAGUGGAUAUGAAGGCUGGUUUUAUAAAGUCACCACUGUCUCAAAGGAGACUGACUCAGGACAGCGUCGAGUUGCACUGCGAGGCCGUUGGCAAUCCCAUCCCUGAAAUCCAGUGGUGGUUUGAGGGUAACGAGCCUAAUGAGACCUCUGCUCAGCUUUGGGAUGGCGCGUGGCAGGACCGGGUCAAAAUCAACGCCACCUACAACCUGCAUUCCACCAGCACCAUCUACAUCGCAAACCUCACCAGCGACGACUCGGGCACUUAUGAGUGCAGGGCAAGCAACGACCCUGAUCGCAAUCACUUGUCGAAGAGCCCUAAAGUCAAGUGGAUCCGUUCACAGGCCAACGUUCUGGUCAUCGAACGUCCGGUGAUCACGGGGCAGUACACCAGCUCUGCUGACAAGGUGGUCCUCAGCUGUAACAUGAGUGCACCUCACGCCCCCAUCAGGGGCCACAAAUGGAUGCUGGGAGACAAGACACUCAAGGCAGAAGAAGGCAAUUCAGACUCUUUCAUCACUUACACGAUCGAGGGGAAGGUUGAAGAACACUCUGGUGUCUAUGAAUGCAUCUAUGAAACAAACCCAGUGGCAAAAGGAAACGUGUCUAUAGAAGUUCAACCCCAAGUUGUAGCAUACAAGAAGUCUGAGCAUGGGAACGAGGGGGACACAGGUGUGCUGACCUGCAAGAGUCUCUCCUACCCCCCUGUUGGCACCUGGCUCUGGUUCAGAAGUGAUCAAACCCCCGUUGUCAAUGGUACUGAUCGCUACAUCAUCAAGUCCAGUGGCAACAAGACAGAGCUACGCAUCCUCAAACUGAGCAUUGAGCAAGAUACAGGUGACUACCACUGCAAUGGUACCAACGUGAUGGGCCCUGGAAGUGCUACGGUGAAUCUGCGCGUCCGCAGCCGCCUGGCAGCUCUUUGGCCCUUCCUGGGAAUCGUGGCAGAAGUUCUGGUUCUCGUCACCAUCAUCUUCAUCUACGAGAAGAGGAGGAAGCCAGAUGAGGUUCUUGAUGAUGAUGAUGGAGGCUCUGCACCACUGAAAAGCAAUGCCACGAACCACAAGGACAAGAACGUCCGCCAGAGAAACGCUAACUGAGUCAGAGGUGACGUGUAGCUGAAGAACUUGUCUGGACGUUGUUUUCUUCUAAUUUUUUUUUUGUAAAAUAGCACCAGGAAAUACUUAGCGUGUCCUUGCGAUUCAGUUACUUCACUUUCGACAGGAAAUUAAGUUGUAGAAUCUAAAACACACACUUAUUAUUAUUUUUUUUUUUUAAAGAAAAGAAUAAAAGAGAGCUGUGGGAGGGUUUUUUUUCCUACCUGUAAGCGUAAAUCCUUUUUUUUUUUUCUUUUUUUCUGAUAGUCUGGGUCACUGUUGUAGAUGUAUUUCUUCAUGGUGAUAUGGAGGGGGGUAGGUGGGGUGAUGCUUUCUUUCUCACCUUUGGGAAGAGCUGCGUGUGUGUGAUGGGUAGGAUUACUUUGAAAUGCCUCUCUGUGUGUGGGGAGCAGCAACUGUCACAGCUCCCUGUGUGCUGCAGGUCUGUCCUGGGGGCAGGUCAGGAAGAAACUGCUGUAGCAACCUGUGGAGAUGACCUGAUCUCCCAAUGGGCUUAGAAAGGUAAUUCUGGAUCUUUCCCAGUGCAAAGAGCGGAGCUGCAUGGGAGCAGCUUGCAUGUCUUGUAAUUGCCAGGCUUCCUGGCCAGCUCCCCCAGGGAUGCUCUGGGUGAUUACAGUCAAGCAGGCAACCAGGAGGCAGCAUUAGAGCUGGGCAUUGGCUGAGCAUGAGUAGCAAUAACUCAUUUAAUGGGGGGCUGCUGGUUUCUCAAGUUGCUACACUGGAGCAAGCAGAUGCUGGGGCUGUGGUGCUGGGGGAGGGGGGUUGCACUGCGUGACAAAGGAGUCUGAGAGCAGGUAAUGCUCAGAGGAUUCUUUCUUGCUGGGUAGCACUGAGCUGAUCCAUCUGUUAACAUGCUUCACAAAUAAAGAUGAUUCCUCUUUUUGUUUUUUUCCA